ACAAUCUAGAACCAUGGAGAAAACAUAUCCCAAGCAUUAAGUAAUCUUUUUUGUUUCCACCAAUGAUAACACAUAAUCUCAUCAAAACCUUUUGCUUUUUUGCUAGAUGUUGUUUUAACAUUCCCUUGAUAAAAUAAACAAUGAAAAUGUUUGUUCUUGAGCUGCAGCAAAGUUGCAGCUUUUGCCAUUUUCAUUUUUAUGAACAUCCUGAUGAAUUAGUGUAUAACAAAUGGUUGCACAUCUUUUAUCACAAAUAUUCAUGAUAAUGAAUGAGUCUUGGUCCAUGAUAAACUAUGGGCUUUAUCAAAAGUCUUGAUCAACUCUUUCUAGAAUCUAGACUAUUGGUUUACUUUUCAGUGCACGUGGCAACAACAGAUUCCCUUCCCUCUUAAGCCUUUAACAAAAGAAAGGUCUGUCUGAUCUCAACUUUUCCUCUGCUUAAUCCCCAAAUUAGGGCUAACAAAAUUAGGGGUUUGGCCAAUUUCUGUCUUUUUCAAAACAGUUGCCAAUGGAUUUCCAGAGCAAAAGAGUUCAGCUUUUGCUCUUAAUCGCUGGAGUCAUCCUUCUCAGUAUUACAGCUGAAAAAUGUAGGCAACUGGUUGGGGAGGAGGCAUCAUCACAAAGUGGGCAAUUUACUUUCUUAAAUUGCUUCGAUAUGGGCUCUGGUUCCGCAUCUUGUGCAGUGAAGGAGGGUGUGAAGCUUUAUUUCUACAACAUUAGAGCUGCUCAUGUUGAGAGAGCAAGGAGUCUUGCAAUUGAGAAGGCAAUAGAGGAUGCAGUGUCACAAGGAAUGGCUGCUAAAGAUGCAGCUAAACAAGCUCUGAUAGAAGGGAAAAAGGCGGCAAAGUUGGCAACACGACAAGCCAAGCGCAUUAUAGGCCCUAUUAUUUCCUCUGGAUGGGACUUUUUUGAAGCUAUAUACUACGGUGGUACUAUCACAGAGGGAUUUCUUAGGGGUACAGGAACGUUGUUUGGUGCCUAUGGUGGGGGUUUUCUUGGUGAGCAGAGUCUUGGGAGGGUUGGUUAUCUUGUGGGAAGUCAUUUGGGGAGUUGGGUUGGAGGUAGGAUUGGACUGAUGGUUUAUGAUGUGGCUAAUGGAGUGCAAUACUUGCUUCAAUUUGUUCAAAUGGAAGAAAGUGAAAAUCAUGAGGCUAGGGGUUACGAAAACUCAGAAGAUUCGGAGAAUUCCUAUGUUUAUGAAAAUUCAGAUGCAUAUGAAUCUCCACCUGAUGAGAGCACUGAAUCACAAGAAAGUUCUAGUUUCUGGUGAAUACAGUAGUUCAUGUUGUUUUUAUUUUUUCGUUCAGAGGAAUAUAGAUGCAAUAUAAACUGAAAUUUAGUUGCUCAAUUCACGUGUAUAAAUGUACCAAUAGUUUUGUAACAAAAUCAUGUUAUUUUGUUUUGACAGAGAAGUUAUCAUUAGUUAGUAAUCCUUGAAUCAUUUGAAAUCUUGUUCUUUUCUUACACUCUCGGUUACACACUUCUUUGAUCUCCUUAUGGCUCCGAGAAAAUGAUGAAGUCUCUUAUUGGAGAUCCAUGCUGUACUGGUUAAUGCAUUACUUAAACCGGAUAUUCUAACCUGCAUACAUGAAUGAGUAGUGCCUAGAUGAAAGGUGAGUUACAGGAAAACACUGCUGCUAUCAUUUAGCCAACUUUAGAAUCUAUAACCUUGAUUGAAGGUACUGGCCUGCAGUUCCACCCUCACUCUUUUCUGAUAUAGGCUAAUAAUGAUAAAUGAUUAAAAGGGUUUUUGUCUGAUUGAUUAUACCAAUCCAUAUAUGCAAAUGAAAUCGUUCUAAAGCUUUCUAUAG